AUGUCAGGAACUGUAAAGAAUAGUGGAGCAAAGCCCAAACCUUCCAGAAAGGGAAAGAAGGCGUGGAGAAAGAAUAUCGAUAUCCAGGAUGUGGAAACAGCCUUGGAAGAGAAUAGAGAAAAUGAGAUCCAUGUAGGAAAGAAGAAUGAAGAUGAUUUCGUUAUUGACUCAACUCCUUCAGUUUCCUUACAGAGUAGGAAAGUAGAAAAGAAGCUCAAGACUCAUGAAAUUCUCACCAACAAAUCGAAAGUUGAAGCUCUUUCCCAUCCCAAAGGAUCGAAAGCUGAAACCAAAAAUACAAUCCAGGGAGUCAAGCGAACAGAGGUGUUAAGAUUGAUGAAGUUGGCAGGAGGAAAAUACAAGGACGAGUCUAAAAUCAAGAAUAGAAUCGACAAAGAUGGCUUAAUACAUGUUCAGAACAAGGAUCUUUGGGGUACUGAGGAGAUUGAAGAGACUCCCGUAUCCAAUUUUUCGUCUACAACUGAGUUCACCCAGGCUUCCGUUGUGCCCAAGACGUUGAAGAGUGCACCCAUUCGUGUUAUUGAGAAUGAUUUGAACAAGAAAGUCAUCGACGCAGGCAAAUCGUACAAUCCCUCUUUGGAGUCCUGGAAACAGUUGAUAAAUAAGGAGUAUGGCUUGGAACACAAGCGUGAGUUGACUCGUCAACAGAUGGCCGAACACCGCGAGAAGAUCAAGGAGUUGAUGAAUACGUUGGACGUUAACGAGUCUGACAGUGAAGACAGCGAGAACGAACAAGAAGAACAGCAAGACGAAGAAGAUGGAGAUUACCAGUUGUCUAUAAACAAGCCUACGCAGGUCAAGAUCAAGACCAAGACCAAGAGAAAUAGAGAAGAAAAGCACAAGAAGAGAGAGGGGUUACAGCAGGAGUUGAAGGAGUUGAAGAAGCAGUUACGCGACUUGACUAACUUAGAUGAAUUGUUGCAGAAAGAAGACAAUUCUACCAACAAGAAGACCAGCAAGAAGGACAAAAACGUCAGCAACAAACCUAAGAAGUUGUUCAAGUACGAUGCAGUUCAGGCACCUUUGGAAGUGAAGUUAUCCAACGAGUUGACCAACAACUUAAAAAACUUGAAGCCGGAAGGAAACUUGUUCUACGACCAGAUGUUGAACUUGCAGUCAACCGGAAAGAUCGAGACGAGAAUCCCAGUGGCCAAGAGAAGAAAGUAUACACCAAAGAUUACCGAGAAGUGGACCUAUAAAGACUUCAAGUGAUAUACAUUAGAUAGCAUAGAACAGAACAUUGCAUUGAG